CGGUAACACCGCAGUAGUAACAGCAGCAGUGUAUAGUGGAGUAGCCCGGCCCCCGGCACGUCAGCCCUCCUCCUCCUACCCGUGCUACUGCGCGUCUGCCGCUGCCCGCCCAGUGCGUGUCGGGCCUCUCCUCCUCCUCCUCCCCGGGACUCACGUCAGAGUCCGUACAGUGGCCCCCACCGAGGAGGAGAUGGACGACAAGAGACCGGAUCCACCUGCGGGUCCCACCGGGGAGGGAGGGCAUGAAGCCAGCCAGCCCGGUACCGGAGCACGGGGCGCCGCCGUCAGAGUGUUGAAGAGAAACAUGAAGCGCAGCGCAAGUAAGACCAGCUUGAGUCAGAAGUGCUGCCUAGGCUCCCGCGAGAGAGAGUGGCUGAGAGAGGAUCCCAGCCGGGGAUGUAUCUGUAUAUAUGGAGUAGACCGUGGCUCAUCCAUUCCUGAUCUACACGUGGUGCUCUGCACUGUCCACACUGAAGCCUCCGAGAUCUGCGCCAGUCAAGAGACUGACGGCUUGUACAUACAACUCAAUGGCGACCUGGUCAGGAGGCUAGAACCUCAGGAGAGGCCUCUGCACAUCAUAUACCAGUACUUAUCUGACCUGGGAUUUCAGGACACUACACGGAUACAAGAGGAGGCUGCCCACUCCGAUCUUGGCUGCAUGAUCCGGUUUUACAAUGAGAAACCAAGUACAUCUGAGCAGCUGGACCGGAUUCUGCUGUCGGGAGUGUUUAAUGUGCGUAAAGGCAAGAUCCAGCUGCACAAAUGGGCAGAGAGACUGGUGGUCCUCUGCGGCACAUGUCUAAUCGUCUCCUCAGUGAAGGAUUGUCAGACGGGGAAGAUGCACAUUAUGCCCCUUGUGGGUGGCAAGGUAGAAGAGGUUAAGCGGAGGCCACACUGCCUGGCCUUCUUUUCUGCCGAACCGCAAGCUUCCACCUACCAUGUCAGCUUUGAUUCUGCGGCAGAAUAUCAGAGGUGGCUCCGCCAGGCAACCAAAGUCGUGUCUCAGAGACUGAGCACUGUUGAUCUCUCGUGUCAAAGCCUAGAGGAGAUUCCUGAGCACCUGUUCUACUGCCAAGACAUCACCUCUCUGAAUCUCCGCAACAAUUUCAUGCGUCUGCAGAGCUCGGCGGGAGUGAGCAGCAUGUGCAGGUUUUCACAGCUGAAUAUUCUCAAUCUGUCACAAAACAAGCUGGGAGAAUUCCCCCUCCAUCUGUGUGAGAUUGCCACGCUCACAGAGCUGAACGUGUCCUGCAAUGGCAUAGCGCAGUUACCGCCACAAAUAGGCCAAUUGCUCAGUCUACAAACACUGAAUCUGGAUGGGAAUUCCUUGGCCUCGUUACCCCAAGAGCUUGGAUUUCUGCAGCAGCUCUCCCAGCUCGGACUCUCUUUCAAUGACCUGAGCAGUAUUCCCAAGGUGUAUGAGAAACUAGUCUCGGUGGAGAAGUUGUCCAUGGCAGGGAACCGGGUGGACUGUCUAAGUCUGCAAACCCUAAGCAACAUGCCACACUUGAAGGUCAUAGACCUGAGGAUGAAUUGUCUUAAGCGAGUGAGUGGCAGCUUGGAGGGAAUAAACAGCGUCACCCACCUAGAUGUACGAGAUAAUCAGCUGGCAGAACUGGACCUCAGCUGCUUGGGAAGCCUAGAGCAACUGCACUGCCAACGCAACCAGCUAAAAGAACUGACGCUCUGCGCAAUCUCCCUGCGAGCAGUUUACGCCAAUUCCAACCGAUUGACAUCAGUGAAUGUAUACCUAGUUCCCGCUGUGCUGGCCACGCUAGACUUGUCCAGGAACUGCUUAACGGCUGUCCCGGAGUGGGUAUGUGCAGCCAAGAAGCUGGAAGCCCUAGAUCUCAGUUGGAACCUAUUGACAGAGUUGCCAUUAAGGAUCAUGUGCUGUCCCAAUCUGAGAAAGCUGCUCCUUGGGCAUAACCAGCUGAAGUGCCUGCCCUGUCCGCUGGACUCGGUCCCUCUGGAGACUCUCAAUGUCCAGCACAAUUUGCUCAGGCACCUUCCUGACACCCUCUUCACUGUAGCUUUAAAUCUCAGGUUUCUCAAUGCAUCUGCAAAUGUCCUGGAGUCCCUGCCAUCAAUGUGUAGUGGAGAAGAGAGUGGGAGCCAGCUGUACGUCCUCUACUUGACCAACAACAAAUUAACAGAUCAGUAUGUUCCUUUCUUAACCCUACACACGAACCUCCGAGUCCUGCAUCUGGCAUAUAACCUGCUGGACACCUUCCCAGCCAGUAAACUGAGCAAACUGGAGAAUUUGGAGGAGUUGGACCUUAGUGGAAACCGCUUGAAGUCUAUCCCAAGCACAGUGUCCUACUGCAAGCAUCUGCACACCCUCAUCGCUCACUCCAACUGCAUCAGCGUGUUCCCGGAGAUUUUCAAUCUUCCACAUAUCCAGCUGGUUGACUUGAGUUGUAACAGUCUGAUGGAAAUCCCGGCGCCCGACACACUCCCUCCUGCCCUGCAUGAGCUGGACCUGAAAGGGAACCGCGACCUGGUGCUGGAUCAUCAGCUCCACGACAUCUACAGUCAUAUCCCCGUACUGAAAAUCGACCGCAAACCUUUGCUGAAUGCUGAUCUGACUGCACCGUCCAUUCCCUGGAAUCAUGGCUUAGCUGAGCUGUCUGGCCAGAGGAACAAGCUGUGUGUCUCUUCACUGGCCAUGAGUGAUUUCGCUGAUGGGGUAGAGGCUUUGUACGGCAUGUUUGAUGGAGACAGGAACGAGGAGGUGCCGCGUUUGCUGCAGUGCACCAUGGGAGACGUUCUUCUUGAAGAACUGCAGCAGUUAUGCUGCGAUAGAACCUUCAUGUGCCACACAUUCCUUGUAUCACACAGGAAGCUUGGCACGGCAGGUCAGAAACUGGGAUCUUCUGCUCUCUUGUGCUAUAUUGGGCAUAGUGCAGCCGACCACAGCAACAGCUUCUCACUGACUGUGGCCAACGUCGGUACCUGUCAGGCGGUCAUGUGUCGGAAUGGGCAUCCUCUCACUUUAUCCCGAGUGUUCACCUUGGAGCACUGCCCUGAAGACCUUUUAAGAAUCAAGGAACAAAAGGCAAUUAUCACUGAAGAUAAUAAGGUUAAUGGCGUAACCUGCUGUACACGUAUGCUGGGAUCAACAUAUCUCCACCCUUGGGUGCUCCCUGAGCCUCAUAUCACCACAUUACCACUGACUGUGCAGGAUGAGUUGAUAAUCCUGGGGAACAAAGGAUUGUGGGAGUACGUGUCUGUGGACGAAGCUGUGCAGACCAUUCGUCACUUGCCUGAUCCUCUGGUAGCUGCUAAGAAACUCUGCACUUUGGCACAAAGCUAUGGCUGCCAGGAUAACAUAGCUGCCCUGGUGGUGUGUCUCAGUAUAGGGGAGGACACUUGCACUUGUGAGAUGCAUACACUGACAUUACCUAGUCCAUCCGGAUUGACCUCUGCAGCUGCAACAAAGGAAUUCCCAGGCUCGGUCACGCCGUCUUCCAGCAGUGGCAUUGCCUCGGAGUUCAGCAGCGAGAUGUCUGUGUCUGAGGUGAGCAGUGAAGUUGGCUCCACUGCCUCUGAUGAACACGCUAUGGCCGGGUUAGAAGGUGGCCUCAUCCUCAGGCCUGAGCGGAGAUGCAGCCUACAUCCAGUUCCCUCAGCCAGCACCUUUCAGAGGCAGCCCUCUUGUGCGACGUUCUCCAGUAAUCAGUCCGAAAACGGUCUGGAUAGUGAUGACGAGCUGCAGGCUGAAGGCCCCAGUACUGGCAGCAGGGUGGAAGUGGAGGUGGACAUACACUGCAGUAGGGAGCACUCCCCAGAACCACUCACAUUUAGCACUUUUCAGGAUUUGGAGGACGAUUUUGAUGGAAUUACAAUGCAGUUGGUACAAAACAAUCCCACAGUAAGUCAAGAGAAGGACGACCUGCCGUCUUCAUCUUCCGGGUCAUGUUUGUAUCAUAAGAAACACUCCAAUGGUUCGGUCGUGCCGCUGGAAGAGAUUCUCAAUCUAAUCGAGGUGGCCUCCGAGGCCCCUAAGAGAAAAACAGGCUAUUUCUCUGCCCCAUCACAGAUGGAUCUAGAGGAUCAUUUUGUAGUUCCACCAGAUUUGGAGAACGAGGUUAGAGCGCAGUUGAAUGACCUAGAAUUUGGAUCUGAAGAUAAAGUUGAUGCCUAUGAAGAGUUUGACACUGCUUUGUGAUUUGGAACCGAGAACCUCGGGGUCAUGUCUUCUUAAGCUCCUAGAAUUGCACAUUUUUUAACCAGGCCUUUGCUGCCAGCUGGUUACAUUCUUUUAUGUUGAACAUUGGUUAAGGCUUUUUUUUCUUAUUCCUUCUCUGAGCCGAUGAUCACAUCCUUCCUUUUUUACUUGUGAUGAGUGGCACAUGAAUUCGCCAAUCACAGCAUACUUCUUACACGUUAUCCUUUUUAAAGCCAAAUGUUUAUUUUGUUUUUUGUUCUUUUUGUUUUUUUUAUUUAAUGUGUUUUUAAUUCCUGGUUGUUGAGCCAAUGAACAAAUGUGAAUUUAAUCCAAAUAUUUAUAUUUUUUUAACAAUUGUUCCUUACUGAAGGUACAACCCACUUAUCCAUAUCUUGGUUCCUGGGAAGUGGCAUAUGAACAUAAUGCUUGCAAUAUGCAAGCUUUUGCCUCUAGGUCUGUUUUCGCUGAUCUUGGAAGUAAGAUACUCUGUGAACGUGUCCUUUACAAUUGUAUCAAGAUCUAAUUCAUUUUGUAUCCUUUCCAGAUAUGACAGUGGAAUAAGACUUGUUGAUUUUAUUUUUUUUACCACCACUAUAGCGCUUAUUAAAGGAAGUAUGCAUCUUUGGAACAAA